CAAAAGAGGAGAAGCAGAGAGGCGGGAUUGUUGUGUUUCUCGCGGAGCUUUCAGACUGAGGUGAGCGGCUCUGCACUUUGCGCCUCCUCCGAGUGCAUUGGAUGGAUUUCUGACGAGUGGAUGGGAUGCCAGUUUAUAGCAUCGACCGAAAAUUCCCUGACUCGUCCGGUGAUUCCAUACAGUUAUCAGCAGAAGGAGACCCAAUGACAAUGACCGACAACACCCCCCCCAAGUCGGCCAAGAAACCCCACUGGACCUCCCUGGAGAUCGGCCUAAUCACGGUCGUCUCCUUAUUCUUCAUUGUCAUCAUGGCACUCGUCAUCCUCUAUGCCACACAGAGGACCGAAGAAAUCUGCACUACAGCUGACUGUACUCAGUCAGCGGCUCGCCUGCUCCAGAACAUGGACACCAGCACGGAUCCUUGCGACAACUUUUAUCAGUACGCUUGCGGCGGCUGGCUCAAAAAGAACCUCAUCCCAGAUACCAGCUCAAGAUACGGCACCUUUGACGUCUUACGGGAGGAACUGCAGGUCAUUCUUAAAGGUGUUCUUGAAAAAACGGUGGAAGGAGAAGCGGAAGCUCUCGCAAAGGCUAAGACCCUUUAUAAAUCCUGUACCAAUGAGAGUUUAAUUGAGAAAAGAGGGGGUGUGCCUUUGCUCAAUAUGCUUCCUGAUGUGUUUGAGUGGCCCAUGGCUGUAGACAACUGGGACACGGACUACGGUGCAACAUGGAGACUGGAGGACGUUAUUGCUAAGUUGAAUGUGAAAUAUAGACGUGAACUCUUGGUUGUCAUGUUUGUCUCUACAGACGACAAGGACUCCAAGUCGCACAUCAUUCAUUUUGACCAGCAAAGCAGCUUGGGCCUCUGGACCAGAUCUCACUAUGCUUGUAACGGUUCCUACGAAGAGGCAUGUCAGGCCUACGAGCAGUUCAUGUUUGACCUGGUAAAGCUGAUCCGCACGGACCGGGGUCUGUCCUUCAACGAGACGCUGGUCAGAGAGGAAAUGAUGCGAGUAACCGACCUGGAACGAGACAUUGCCAAUGCUAUUGAGUCCGUAGAGUAUCGCAGCGAUCCAAAGUUGCGUUACCACAAGAUGGAACUUGGAGAUAUGAAUGCCAAUUUCACCCUUGAGGUUGAAUCACAGGUGUUCAACUGGUCUUAUUUCGUGGCUAAAAUAAUGAAUACCGUCAACAUCACUGUGACUGACACAGAGAAGGUCAUAAACUUCUGCCCCGAGUAUUACAGAGGCCUUAAGAUAAUCUUGGCCAAAUACACAAAGAGGGAUUUGCAGAACUACCUGGUGUGGCGUGUUGCUAUGAACAUGGUUAUGCGCCUCAGUACAGCAUACAGAGAUACUGAAAAAGUAUUCAGAAAGGUUCUGUAUGGCGUGACAUCAGAGGCGGUGGCGUGGCGAUUUUGUACAGUUUAUGUCAAUAGUAACAUGGAUAAUGCAGUCGGGCGACUGUAUGUGCAAGAGGCCUUCUCCAAAAACAGCAAAAAACUGAUGGAAGAGAUGAUCAAAGAGAUUCAGGAAGUUUUCAUCAGGAACCUCCACGAACUGACCUGGAUGGAUCCCGACACUAAGAAAGCAGCCGAGCAAAAGGCUCGAGCGAUCAAGGAACAAAUUGGCUACUCUGAGGACAUCAUGGACGACAAAUACCUCAAUGAUGAGUACAAAGAUCUGCACUACAGUGAGGAGGAGUUCUUUGAAAACAGCCUGCGUAUCAUGGAGUACAUGCAAAGGAAACGCCUGGAGAAACUCAGGGAGAAAGUCAACAAAGACGAGUGGGUUUCGGGAGCGGCUGUCAUUAAUGCUUUCUACUCAUCUAGAAUAAACCAUAUAGUAUUCCCUGCUGGUAUCCUGCAGCCACCGUUCUUCAGUCAAGGCCAGGCCAAAUCUCUCAACUACGGAGGAAUCGGCGCAGUCAUCGGUCAUGAGAUCACGCACGGUUUCGACAACACAGGUAAGAAAUAUGAUGAGAAUGGCGACCUGAGGGACUGGUGGACACCCGACUCGGCUCAAAACUUCUUGGAACUGUCCAAGUGUAUUGUGGAUCAGUACAGCAACUUCACAUGGGACCUGCUCAAUGGACUUCACUUAAAUGGUAACCUCACCCUGGGUGAGAACAUUGCUGAUAACGGUGGAAUACGGCAGGCCUAUCAGGCCUACAAGAACUAUAUGAGGAAACAUGGGGAGGAGCCACGACUGCCAGGAAUGAACCUUUCCCACGAUCAACUCUUCUUCCUCAACUUUGCUCAGGUGUGGUGUGGAACACAACGCCCAGAAGACGCUAAGAAUUCCAUGGAAAGUGAACACAGUCCAGGAAAAUUCAGGGUCUUGGGCUCUCUUCAGAAUUUCCCUGAAUUUGCCAAAGCGUUCAGCUGCAACAAGAGCAGCUACAUGGUCCCUGACAACGUGUGCCAGCUGUGGUGAUCCGCAAAGCUCUCGGACGAUGUCUGACACUAAAACCCCCGCCCCUUUACUUGACUGUCGGGCGAGGGGCGACAAGGAGGGAGUGGUAAGAGCUCUCACCCGGAUUGAGCAGGACUAUGUACUUCCUGAGAGAACAGCAGCAGACUGUUCAUCUACCACUCUUUCAUCCAGUUAGCAUCACUAUUGUCUUCACUGAAUGCAAACAAUAUUUUGUUCAUUUUAGUUGUUCCUUAUGUGUGAGUCUGCCAAGGAAUGCUGUACUUGAGAGGGUGGAGGCGAUCCAACCCACAGGCUAACAAAUACACCAAACACCCACUCACACACAGCCAUAGAGGGAUGAAUAUGUAUAUGGGACUGUCUUCAAUGUACAAACACACAGUCGUGGUCAAAAGUUUACAUACACUUGUAAA